AUGGCGCCCAAGACGACGCCCUUCCAGGAGAAGCAUGCGCUGGAGUUCGGACUCGAGAUCAUCAAGACGGAAAAAGGCGGCGCGCACACUGUGCGAUGCCUGUUCUGCAUUUAUGACAGGCGUGACAACAUUAAGUCACAAUACGAAGCAGCAUGGCAAGGCCUGGGCAGAGUACAGCGAGCGUGUAACACGGAGAAGCGCAAAUACUUCACUGGGAAGACGAAGAUCAUGAACACGUUGCAUCAUUUCCUCGACGUUGAAGGCGACACUAUCAAAUUUCAAAGUUUCGCCGCCCAUCGUCGAGACCAUCAUCAGCGACAUGUUCUUCAGAAACGCGAAAUUCUAGACAAUGCCGAAGACGAAGAUGAAGAAGAUUUCGUGGAGUCUGACGCAGCGAAGGAAGUAGCCGAUAAAAUCGACAAGAAGUUUAGCGAAAAGGCAAAUGCGAUGAAGUUGUUCGUCAAGGACUCAAAAACUGUGAAGUACGUUAUCACUGUCAAGAAUGUGAUGCGUUACGAUCUCGCAUUGAACCACGUGGGAAGCGUCAUGUCAUUCUUGCACGCGGCCAUGGGAUUCGAUCAUGCUAAGCGACGUACGCAAACGCCAAAGAUCGCUGGCAUAAACAGUUUGAUGGUCGGCCAGUUCAUUCGCGCCCUUGUCGCGUCAAACUUGCAGCGAAUUGCGGACUUCAUGGGUGACGCGUCCGUCUGGGCAAUUUCGCUCGCGUGUGAUGGCAGCACGCAUCGCGGCCAGUCGUUUUUUGACAUGCGUUUGCGAUUUUGCUACCGCGGCGUCCUGGUCAACUUGCACCUCGUCGCCAUCCCAAUGUUCGACAGACAUACAUCGCAGAUCAUACUUGAUACGGUCUGCAAGUUUAUGGACACGUUGUACGGAUCGUGGCGUGGAAAAUUGUUUUACGUCGCUUCGGAAGGCGAGAACGCAAUGACUGGACACCAUGCCAGCUUGGUCACUCGAUUGUGCGCUGCAGCUUAG